AUGUACGUUCCAAAAUGGAUGGGAACGAGGGUAUCAAAGGGUUGGAUGGUGGUACUUGCUGUGAGUGCAGGUGCUAGCGGGGCCUACUACAAUUACUUUUACGGUAAACCACACGAUAAUUAUAAAUUGGAGCAUGAUUUGGUGAAUAAAACAUACAUCGUUGUGGGUGCCUCUUCAGGUAUUGGCAAAGAAACAGCCAAAGAAUUGGCAAUGCGAAAAGCAAAAGUAAUUAUGGCUUGUAGGAAUAAUCGUAAAUGUAUUGAAGCUCGCCGAAACUUAGUAAUAGCAACAAAAAAUAUGGAGAUUUAUUGUAGACGUUUAAAUUUGGAGGACUUUGACUCAGUGCGAGAGUUUGCUCUCAAACUUAACACAGGUAAAGGAAAUAUAGGACAAAUUGACGGUAUAGUUUACAGUGCAGCUACCGCAGAAUCUAGUCGGCAAACAAAUAAGCAUCACAUCGAGCGUACAUUUGCGACGAAUCAUUUGGGACCGUUUUUGUUAACUUCACUAUUGUAUGAUCGGCUGAGGAAGCAGUCAAGUCCGGUUCGCCUCGUGUUUCUGAAUACUUCAGAUCUAAAGCUAGAUGAGUUAAAUUUUGAUGAUUUAAAUUCGGCAGACUUAAUGAAGUGGCUAAAAUCUCCUGAGAAAGCCAGAAAGGAUGCUUACUAUCAGAGUAAACUUGCUUUGGCUCUUUUCGUGAAAUCGUUGUCGGAAAAGGUCAAAAAUACAAAUCUACGAGUUACGAUGGUUGAUCCAGGUUAUACAAGAACUGACUUAUUUUAUCGCUUAGAAGCAGCCGAUAAUAGAAUAUUUUUUAUACGGUGGUGUAAAUCUCUUAAAAGAUGGGUUUAUGGACUCGUUGCUGCACAAUCGGUUAGCGAUGCCGUUCGUCCCGUAUUAUAUGCGCUUGUGGAUGAGAAGAUGGAGGGCGUGAACGGGACUUUUAUGAACUCAGUUAGAAGCGAACUACCAUGGCAUCAGUUAACAUCGGAUGAGAAAAUUCUCAAUAAGUUAUGGAUAACUAGUGCUAAAUGGACAGAAACAGGUGUCCAUCUGGAACGUCUUCAGCAAGAUUUGAAGAAAUCGAAAUUUCAAGAAAAAGGUGGAGUACAAGACGUGAAAGUUAGAACGGGUUGGUUUUCAUGGUUUUGA